AUGCCACUCACAUAUUUUCAACAGCUAUAUGAAGAAUCAUGGGUUCAAACAGAUGAUGGAAUAGAUGAAGAAGCCCAAGAUCCUCAGUUCUCCCGCGAAAUACACAAAACCUUGAGGACAAAGUUUCUUUGGCAUUUUGUACCAACUUACUUGACGGUCCAGGGGACCCAAUAUGAACAAGCAUUUCUUAUCUAUGCUUCUGCCAUAUGGGCCUCACACUGGCCAGAAGAUGUUACAUAUGGGGAGAAAUCUCUGCUCCAACGGACUGCACUUAUGAAACGGGUAGUCUAUCCGCCAGAGUUCAGCAGUGGUAAUUUGGAUAUCGAAGACUUGGAGCUGCACCUUGGCAUCGAUGAAUAUGAGGCCCAAGCAAUCAAGAAAACCGGAAUAGCCCAGGCAACGCUAUAUACUUUCUUUUCUGCACGUCUACCAUAUACUACUUUCUUCAUAUUUGAGCUUACUUAUCUGUUACAGGAUAAUAUUCAAAGUUAUCAGCAAACCCUGCGUGAGUACACCAAUGAUGAAGCUGGCAAAAUGUGGUAUCAAAUGUUCAAGUCUAUCCGUAAAUUUCUCUCUCAAGCAGUAGUUGAUUUUGGUCCAUACAUUUCAUUAUAUGGUCUGCCUGCUUCAGAUUGGAAACGGUCACUGAAUGAAGCAGUCACGUUCUGGGAUCUUCACAACCAUCUUCCAGCAUCGUUUCUCAAAGAAUUUUCAUGGCCUCGUUACCGCUAUCUUAUCAGGCCUCCUGAGAAUGAACGCCACCGAUUGCUUGCUUGGGAAUACCCUUGCGAAGGUCCUGACCAGGAGAUUAUGGUGAUUCCUCCGCCUUGGUUGCCACUUAACUUGUAG